AUGCUUCUUUCCCACCUCCCAGUCGAAAUACUUCACACUAUUGCUUCAUUUCUUCCGCGUUCAAGCAUUGCUCAAUUGUGCCUUGCCAAUCGCCACGUUUAUGCAAAGUGCCUUCCAGUGCUAUAUGCCUGCCUUGAACUCAGCUUUCGUUCGCACAUUGAAUACAUCGUCAAUGACCAGCAUUCGUUCCUUCGCCAUGUGCUCGAGAAUCACACACGACACCUACACCUUGUAUGCCGACAAAGCGGGAGUCAUGCUAUGAUAGCCAGCCUUGCGCAUUGGUUGCCGAACAUUCACACGCUCACAUUUAGCGACUACCACGUCCUUCCAGCUGACCAACUAUGCGAUCUCCUGCAACUGUUUCCCAAUAUCAGCACUCUUCAAUUCCGCUUUUGCCAUCUUCAACUUACUAGCAAUGAUAUUCAUGGGAAGAUCAAAGGCACACUUGCAAGCAUUGAUACCUUGGAUCUCGUAUGGACAGACUUUUCCGAUGAUGCUAUCACCUUGCUGCUCGGCAACAUGCCCAAUCUCGCUCGGGUCCAUUUUGGCACCAACCAUAAUAGGAAUCGAUUAGCGAACAACAAUGCGCUUGUAGCCCUUGCAAAGUACUGUCUCAACAUUCGCAGCCUAGGCGUAUCUUUACAACAUGUUCAAGAAGAUGUCAUGUGCGACAUUAUUGUUUCCUAUGGUCAUCAACUCACACAUCUUUCUAUACCAUGCGAGUCUCCAAGGUUAUUGGCUGUCAUCGCUACUCAUGCAUUACAACUUAAGCAUUUGAUCAUUCGUGCAGCGACAACAAGAGAACAUGUUACGCACCUGGAAGUAACGAGAAGGAGGCAACACACCGCUAUCAGCAAUAGAGUCGCAACUACAAGUGGAUUUUCGCAUUCGAGGCUAGGGAUGAUUCAUAUUUUACAACAAUGCCAAGCGUUGGUGUACUUGGAAAUGACGAGCUGGAUGGUAAGAGAUAUACCAUAUGAAGUAUGGCAACUCGUUCGUCAUCAAGAAGGCACGCCAGAGAUGAAUGCAAACAACAGCUAUGAAAAGUACUAUUAUCUCAAUGAUAUGGCAUGGCGUCAUCGACGUGGUUUACAGCAACAUGAUGUGGGCUAUUUGACCAAAACAUUGGCAUUGCAUACGAGAGAACUCUAUGAAAUUAGAAAGCGAUUACGGUAG